GAAAGAGAGACAGGGGGAGACAGGGAGGGGGAGACAGCGAGAGAGAGAGAGAGACAGGGGGUGGGAGUAAUGAGUGUUCGGGACCUGCUGUGUGAAGGGAGGAAAAUAGGAGGAAAACCGAGCAACUGGAGCAGCGCAGAGACUGUGGAAUGAGGGACUCUAUAACCAAAGCUAUGGCUGGACCCAGGCCUGUGGUGUUUAGCGGCCCGUCAGGGGCAGGGAAGAGCACCCUGCUGAAGAAGCUCAUGAAGGAAUACGACAGUGUCUUUGGCUUCAGUGUAUCGCAUACAACCAGAAAUCCUCGACCUGGAGAAGAAAAUGGCAAAGAUUACCAUUAUGUUACACGGAAGAUAAUGCAGGCGGCCAUCGACAAAGGCGAUUUCAUUGAGAAUGCAGAGUUUUCCGGCAACAUGUACGGGACGAGUAAAGCUGCUGUGCAAGACGUCCAAGCCAAGAACCUCAUCUGUAUACUUGACAUAGACAUGCAGGGCGUGAGGAACAUUAAAGGGACAGACCUGAAUCCCAUCUACAUCUCCAUCCAGCCUCCAUCCAUGGCAGUCUUGGAAAAACGUUUAAGAGACAGAAAAACCGAGUCAGAGGAGAGUCUCCAAAGGCGUUUGCAUGCAGCCGAGGUGGAUAUGGAGUUAGGUAAAGAACCCGGUUUGUUUGAUGUAAUUAUUGUCAACAAUAAUUUGGAGGAAGCUUACGGGCAGUUAAAAAACGCUCUUCUCGAGGAAAUUAAUAAGGUGAAGAAGAUCAACAUGUCCUCGUAGGAGACGCCAGCACCCUGACACCUCUCGGUCCGUCCAGCCACUCCUCUCAAAACCACAGACCUCCAUUCCAGUUGUGUACAUUCCCUCAGAUGACGGUCUGUGCGUGAGUUUUACAUUUGUGUUUAGAAUUAUAUGAAAACAUAGUUUAAAGUGGAACAUUUUUUAAAAACUGACAAGAGUGUGUUUUUUUUUUAUAUUUGUAUUUUCAGUUGUAUAAAAAAAAAAAAAGAUACUCCAAAAUCCUUACUUGAUGUGUGACUGGCAUGGUAGAGUGCUCUCUAUUGGACAUUUACUGAACACAUGGUCUUGUCACCCACACGGUCACAUAGACACACACACAGGGUGUAACUCACUCCAUCACGUGGUUAACUGGUUUGUCGAGGGUGUGAAUAAAUCCUGUAUCUAGAUAUCCUGGUUAGUGGCAGCAAGUUAUGCUGCUCUUAUUGUUUGAAUAAGAAAAACAUGGUGGUUGUUUACUGACAGGUAUACACGCAAAUCACCACUGUAGUCGCCUCAUAAUGUGCUAACUCAAUAUAAGUUUGGUUUGUGGGAUGAGGAUAAAUACUGAUGCGCUCUAGUUGGAUUAAAUCCCCUGAAAGGAAUAAUGAAUAAUAGUUCAGAACAAAAGCAACAGAACGGGGGGGGGGGACAGGACAAUUUUAGUGUUGUAAAUUUGUAAAACUUUCGUAUGUGUAGCUUUUUCACUUUGCUGCUUCGUGUGUAGGGUAAAAUGACUAUCAGUAGACUGUAUGGGGUUUCUAACAAAAGGAGACAUUUUUAACUACGAGGACAAAUGAAAUGGCUUAUUUAUUUAUCGUUUACAACCAAGCACAAGAUAAAUUUCCUUGAGAGCUAAGAAAACAAUAUUGGCGUUGUUUUUUUUCAUGUCAAAAUGUUUUAUUUCCUUGAUAUUGAAAGUACCUAGAUAAUAAUAUUCAGGCACCUUUGUAACACCCAUUCCUAUGUGCAGAUAAUGUUGAGGUAUUGUUGUAAGAUAUAAUUAAUUGUUAAUUAAUCAUCGUUUGCCGUUUAACCAGCAAUAACAUAUUGUGCUUGUUGUGGAAAUACAAUGUCACUAUGUACCACAUCCAUUAAUUGUCCAGCAGUGAGACUGUUACCUUUUGAAACUCCAAUAAAUGUUAAAACACAA